UCAAACGUCGAUUUGCGCCCAUACCUGUCCACAGUCACAGAUAGGCUGCGACACGCGUGAAUGCAGGGGGAGCAUUGUUGCUCUUCACCGGCCCCCUCCAGGUGGCUCUUCAUUGUAGAAUGGUGCUGAGACAACACAGACACAAUUAACACCAAAGUGUGAUACACAGCAAAACAGCUCAACCAUGAGGGACAGACUGAGCUACAUGCAGGAGUUGUCCAGCAGUCAUGUGGAGCAAAAGGAGAGCGCAGAGUCUGUCAGCUCAGACACUCUCAGCAAUGUGGACUUGGAGGAAGAGCUUCCCCACGAAGCGGUGGUGUUUGACAACAGCCCCGCUAUGGCCAAGGUGUUUGCCCAGGCACAGGACAUCCACAAAGACGUUCAGCUCAUCCGCCUGGAGGUGAAAAGGCUCAGGGAGCAGAACUCUCGCAUCCACCAGGGUGUCAGUACCAUGAGCACCAUCAAAAGGGACGCCAACGCCAUCGGUGGUGAUAUAAAGACUCGGGCUGAGCGUGUGCUGUCGUACCUGCGGGACAUGGACAGCACGGCCUACAAGCUAGAAGAAGAACAUGGCUCCAAUUCCGCAAUCGCGCGCAUCGCUAGAACGCAGUACGCCUGCCUGAGUAAUGGCUUCCGCGACGCUAUGUUUGACUACAACGCGGCGGAGAUGAGCUACCGUGAUGACUGCAAAGCCCAGAUCCAGAGGCAGAUGUCGAUCGUGGGCCGCGAUGUGACGGGCGAUGAGGUGGAGGAGAUGAUCGAGAAAGGUCAGUGGAACAUCUUCACCGACAACAUCAUGGCGGAGGGCAAGACAGCCCGCUCGGCGCUGUCUCAAAUCGAAACGCGUCACCAGGAGCUGUUGGACCUGGAGAACCGCAUCAAGGGGGUCCACGAGAUCUUCCUGGACGUCGCCUUGCUGGUGGAGGAGCAGGGCCCCAUGCUGGACUCCAUCCAGACCAACGUGCAGAAAACGGACGAGUACAUACAGGACUCUCUUUUCAAACUGGGCAAGGCCAAGCGCCACGACAGGAACAAUCCCUUUAGGAAGAUGUUUUGUAGCUGCUUCCCGUGCUUCGAUUAACCAGCGUGGAGCGACAGGAGGAGCGUGCAGAGCUAUUUUUGUUUCCCCAGGAAGUUCAAUCCAUUAAAUAUUUGUCGCUGUGAUUUUGAACAAGUACGUCAAACCAGGAAACUAGGAAAAUUCUGAAAAACACAACAAAUCGUUUUUAAAAAUCCAAUCGAAACUUGCUCUGCUCGCUAAAGUAAAGUUUCUUACUCUAUUGAAGUGAUUGAUCCUUUUAUUUAAAUGCACUGUAAAGACAUUGUAUCAUUGCGGAUAGCACAAUCCGGAAGGAAAUGGUUUUUAAUGUCCAUCAGACUGGAAAGGUGUUUGUCUUUUUCUGAAUGAUAAAAUUAUUGCUGCUCUUUUCAACCUGAAUUCACUAUUAAUUCCUCUGCGGCAUGUAAAGAAAGGAUCAUCUUAUGUGUCAUUGCUAUUAAUUUAUGUGUCUGUCUUUUGUGGUGCACUGUCUUAGGAUUGGAUCUGUGUAUUAAAAUACU